AAACAGAUGUCUGUCCAAAGGGGGCAGCCGGUGCCUGACGGAGGAGGCGGGUCUCUGAUGGGGAUGACCCGCGUCAGUCGGACGGGGCUCCGGGUGUCUGACGCGGUGGCCGGGUGCCCGCCAGCCGGCGCCCCUCCAACCGCGACACAGCCAACGCGGACUGAGCCCAAGGACGUGGGCCGGAGUGGGUCCUAUCUUCCGCUCACGCUCGCUGGGCAGGCCCUGCGCAGGCGCAGCCUGCCGGGGGCGGGUCCGGCCCCGGAAGUGAUCUGACAGCCCGGGUCCGGGCCCCGGAAGUGACGUGUCCAGGAGCGGAGCCAUGGUGCCUUCGAGGCUUCUCUCAGUAGGACCACGGACCGUGUUUGGGGGAGUGGGGCGCUGGACUCGGGUCGCACCCGGCCAGCUCCCGUGGCACGCCCCCCCCAGGCUGCUCUCGGCCAGCUGUGCGGACCUCUCCAAGCACCAGGAGCCCCCCAGAAAGAAACCGCUCUCCGAGAAGAAGCUGAAGAGGCAUUUUGUGGACCAUCGCCGAGUGCUCAUCCGAGGGGGAUGUGGAGGCGACGGGGUGAGCUGUUUCCACAGUGAGCCCCGGAAGGAGUUCGGAGGCCCCGACGGUGGUGAUGGAGGUGACGGUGGCCAUGUCAUCCUGAAAGCUGACCAGCAAGUCAAGUCGCUGUCCUCUGUGUUGUCGCGGUACCAGGGUUUCCACGGGCAAGCCGGCGGCCGGAAGAACUGCUCCGGGCGAGGCGGCGCUGUCCUCUACAUCCGGGUCCCUGUGGGCACCUUAGUGAAGGAGGGCAGUGAAGUUGUGGCUGACCUGUCCUGCCCGGGCGCGGAGUACGUCGCCGCUCGGGGAGGUGCGGGAGGAAAAGGCAACCGCUUUUUCCUGGCCAACGACAACCGUGCACCGGUGACCUGUACCCCCGGGCAGCCCGGUCAGGAACGUGUCCUCUUCCUGGAGCUCAAGACGGUGGCCCACGCCGGGAUGGUUGGGUUCCCCAAUGUCGGGAAGUCCUCGCUUCUCCGGGCCAUUUCGAACGCGAGGCCUGCCGUGGCGUCCUACCCGUUCACCACCUUAAAGCCCCACGUUGGGAUUGUUCGCUGUGAUGAUCACCAACAGAUAGCAGUGGCGGACAUCCCGGGCAUCGUCCGGGGCGCGCACCAGAACAGGGGCCUGGGGAGCGCCUUCCUCAGGCACAUCGAGCGCUGCCGCUUCCUCCUGUUCGUGGUGGAUCUCUCGGAGCCAGAGCCGUGGACUCAGCUUGAGGACCUGAAGUGGGAGCUGGAGCAGCACGAGGCCGGCCUGUCCCAGCGACCCCACGUGGUCGUGGCAAAUAAGGUCGACCUCCCCGAGGCCAGGGCUGCCGUGCCCCGGCUGCGGGCGCGCCUGGGCCCGAGCGCCGUCGCCCUGUCGGCGGCCACCGGGGAGAACGUGGAGGCGCUGCUGCUGCGUCUGCAGGAGCUCCACCGCCAGCACGUGGCCACCGAGCUGCAGCGCAGCCGCCAGCCGCUCAGGUGGUAGGCGCCCCCCCAUCCCCCCCCCCCCCCUCGCUCGGCGCGGAGACGAGAGUCACUUGCGAAGAAUCGGCAGCGUUGGUGCCGCGCCCUCCGGGGCUCCCCCUCCGGCAGACUCCGCGCCUCCCGUACCCGCCGGCGGGGGCGGAGGGGGUCUCAUGCGUGUGGCUCGGCGCCCUCAUCGGCGAGGACCCCGUGGCCGUCACAUGCGGCCGGGUGGCCCGAACUUGGAUGAGCCGAGCGGAAAACCGCGCCCCGGGCCCAAGCGGGAGGCGCGGGCCCAGGAGCCCCCACACCGGAACCGUCAGUGCGGGCAGCCGCCCCCGAGGCCCGCACGCCCUAGGAGGGGACAGGAGGGCGCGGGGACCGGGUGCGCCCGCAGGCGCGAGGCUCUUCUCGAAUGCCCCCGUCUGAGAGCAGCAGGAAGGGCGACGCCUCCCCGGUUGUUCCCAGACGGAGCUGUGCUGCGCGGAGCCGCUUGCGUCACGACUGAAUGCACCCAAUAUCCGACCCUGGGACGCGGCUGGCUCCCGGCCGCGUGCGGCUUAUUAACUCAGGCGCAGACUUGUGUUCCCCCCAGAUAAAGUCUGACGCUUGGGGCACGGCCCUGAGGACCCUUUAGGGACAAAGUGGAUGGGGAGCAGGGGGCCCUGGAUCCUGUGGGGACUAGCCACGGGGGUCCCCGCCGCCGGCUGCUGGGCCUGGGGGGCUGGGUGCCGGGCGCCCCCUCAGAUGAUAAACUUGACCUGAGCCCUCAAGAGCAGCUCCGUUCUGAACUUCUGUCACAUCUGCGCUGGAACCAGAGUCCUUGGCCUGCAGCUUUAUUUUAAUGUCUGAUAAUUUCCGAGGUCCUUGUGUUCUGGAAACACAGAUGGGUUUUGCGAUCUCUUUGCUCUCUCUGGGGCCACCACAAAGGCUUUCGUAGAGCGGCAUUAAUUAUCAAGGCCUUUCAUCUCUGGCUGGGCCGCGGCAUGCGGUACUCUGCACAGGGGCGACACUGGCUGCCUCCCCGCGUCUGCUCUGCUCUCGGCCGGGCCCCCGGCAGCCUCAGGGCCUGACCCAGAAGACGCUCUGAUAAAUAUUUAUGGAACGAAGAAA